AUGGUGAAGCAGCGAUGUUUGAGGAAUAUUGCGGUGGUACUCGGUUGGCCCAACGAGCAGACCACAACCAGUAAACCACAAUACUGGUGUUCGUGUCAUUCUACAGGUAUGCUACCAUUGAUUUGUAGGUUGAUCCUUUCUCACCUGAAGUCGGGUAGAUUUAGUGGAUGGAAAGGGACACAUUGUUCACAGAAAUUGUCAAUGGUCUUUAAUUUGUUGAAUGAAUGGGAACCAAUGGGGCCAAGAGGGUCUGUUCGUGAAGAAGGGAUGAACUGUGCACAUAAGUUUUAUGAACCACAAGAUCUUAUCGUGAAAACGUCUACUCAAAACCACAAGGUUUCUGCUAUUUUGGUGUUCGGAGACUCCACUUCUGAUCCUGGAAACAACAACUACAUUCCGACCCAUUUCAGGGGCAAUUUCACAUCUUACGGGAGAGAUUUUGCAAACCAAAAAGCGACAACGAGGUGUACCAAUGGAAAGAAACACAAUCCUAAUUUUCGAAUUUUUUGGUAA